AUGGGCGAGUUUGGGAGGCGCGUGUCAGACAGAAUUGCACUGUCACCGAGUGUUCAGGCGAUUUUCACAGCCAAACACCUGGGAACCCUUAUGGAUAUUUGGACAAAGGCCCAUCCGGAUCAUAUACCAUCACAGAAAACAUAUGAUGCUUUACUGGCUAUUUAUGCUGCAGAGGGUGACAUGACACGACUCAACAGUGCAUUGGCGGAUAUGCAACAACACAACAUUCAACCAACCCAAUACAUGUUGAACGCGCUCCUCCGAACAUCUGUCACCAGCCCGUCGUACGCCAAGGCGCUUUACAAGGCGUCGAAUCGGUCUAACAAGCUGGAUAAGGAGGGUUAUGCAUCAUUUAUUCAAGCAUUUGUCAAUGCAGGGGACCUGGAAUCGGCACAGCGCGUGGCAAAACAUAUGAAAAAACGUCCAUUUACGGUCAGCACGAGCUCUCACAUGGCGAUUGUGCAGGGAUGGGUCCGGCAAGGUCAGGUGGAAAAGGCAGCGGCUUGGCUCGCCAAAUGCAAUUACGCCAAACUGGUCAAGAACCAGUGUCAGGCAACGCUCGAUCCGUAUGCUAUUGUCCUCGAGGGCUAUCUACACACUGGCAAAUGGGGCAGAUGCAUGCAGUUAUUGGACUCAAUCAAAUAUGAGGCUCCCAUGGCUCAGCAGAAUCGGCGUAUUGUCAAGGCGACGCUUGCGGCACGAAUUGCAAGGGGCGAUUUUGGAGCCUGUGAGCGCAUACUGCGCGAGAAACAGAUCGAUUUUACGCCAAUGACGAUUCAGCGGAUCACACACACGACACUGGAUAUGAAGGAGAACAACACGUAUAGCGUUCCGGGUCGAUCGGUCGUGAAAGGAUUGGAGUUGAUGGAGACGUUGUUGGAUCUUCGGGUCAGUGCAGCAGGCCUCAGUCGACUUAUUGAUAAGCUAGGCGAGCGGGGCGAUAUUCAGGCCGCUUAUGAUUUGUACCAACGCGCACGGAACGACGGACGUCCGUUAUCACUGGGUGUUUUCCGCUCAAUGAUGGAGGCUGCGAUUAAGAACAACGAUACAGCCAUGGCAGAAAAAGUUACUUACCAUAUAAACCAAACUGGAAGUGAACAUCGACAUCAAACGCGUCCUUCGCUUUCAUCCUACAAUAUGCUGCUUAACGCCUAUGCUUCACGGCAACCAGAACCCCAUCUUGCACGUAUGACGCGGACAUUUCGAAAAAUGUUAGAGGAUGGACACAAGCCUGACGUCGUUACGUACAAUACACUUAUUAAGGCGUUUGUUCAGAUGGAAAACCAAAAGGCCGCUCGCAGUAUUUUUCAAGAGAUGAAUGCUGCUGGACACCGAGCCGACAGCUGGACGCUCAACACCAUCAUCCAAGGCUGGAUAGCGCAAAUGGACUGGCACAAUUUGGAGCAGUUCAUCAAGGAGAUCAAGAUCGAUGGGUAUGUUCUCGAUACAGUCACAUUUAAUGUGAUGCUGGAAGGUUUAUUACGACUCAACAAUUACGAGAUUCGGAUGACCAAGCUGUGGAAGCGUCAGAAUCGCUGGUCGAAGCUGAAACAGCAUGAGAAGCAUCCCAAGAACGCCCCUUCCAGCAAGACUGUAUGGGAGAUCUUUGAAUCGGCUGUUGGUGUCAAACGUGCAGAUCUGGAGGAAAUAAAUGGCUCAGUGGAGCAGCAGCUGCAACAACUAGAAGAAAAUCGAACGCGGAGGCGAAUGGAUGUGGAUCAACAAGUGGCGUUUAGACGUCUUUCGCAACUACAGCAAGAACAGAACCAUCGCCAGCAAAGGGUGCCACUGCAAGUCUCUACUAAUGAUGCAUUCUAUACGCUAUUCCAGCAUGCCAAGCCGGACGAAGUAACUUUUAAACUCUUCAUGAAAGCAUUUCACAACGCCAACGAUGCCGAAUCAGCGUCCAAGAUCCAUCGAUAUUGGACAAACCAGAACUAA